ACCCGGGGCCGCCGCCGCCGCCGCCGCCGUCUGGGGCCGGGCCGGGGAGAAGGAGGAGGAGCGCGUCCCCACAGCCACCCUGGUGCAAGCCCGCGGUGCGGCCCUGCUCGCCGCCGCUUGUCGCCGCCAUGAGCGCCGGGCAGGCCGCGGGGGAGGAGGCGGACGCCGCCGCCGCGUCCUCGGCACUUCCCAGGGUGCUCUCGGCGCUUUUCUACGGGACGUGCUCUUUCCUCACCGUGCUGGUCAACAAGGCGCUCCUCAGCGCCUACAGCUUCCCAUCACCAAUAUUUCUUGGAAUUGGACAGAUGGCAGCCACUAUACUUAUCUUGUAUGUGUCAAAACUAAAUAAGAUUGUUCACUUCCCUGAUUUUGACAAAAGUAUACCCGUGAAGUUAUUUCCUCUGCCUCUGAUUUAUGUUGGAAACCACUUAAGUGGAUUAUCAAGUACCAGCAAACUCAGUUUGCCGAUGUUUACAGUGCUCAGGAAGUUUACCAUUCCACUUACUUUACUGCUGGAAAUCAUCAUACUUGGGAAACGGUACCCACUGAAUAUUAUAGUCAGCGUAUUUGCCAUCAUUCUUGGGGCUUUCAUAGCCGCUGGGUCUGAUCUGUCUUUCAAUCUGGAGGGCUACAUCUUUGUGUUGCUAAAUGAUAUCUUCACAGCAGCAAAUGGAGUUUAUACAAAGCAGAAAAUUGAUCCGAAGGAAUUGGGAAAAUAUGGUGUCCUGUUUUAUAAUGCUUGUUUCAUGGUGAUUCCAACAGUUAUUAUUAGCUUUUCUACUGGAGACCUUCAGCAGGCAACACAUUUCCAGCACUGGACAAAUUUUUUAUUUGUCUUUCAAUUUAUUGUUUCCUGCUUGUUGGGAUUUCUAUUGAUGUAUUCUACUGUCCUAUGCAGUCAUUACAAUUCUGCACUCACAACAACAGUAGUUGGUGCUAUCAAGAAUAUAUCCAUUGCUUACAUUGGGAUGUUGAUUGGUGGAGAUUACAUAUUCUCCAUGUUAAACUUUGUAGGGCUAAAUAUUUGUAUGGCAGGAGGACUGAGAUACUCAUUUUUAACAUUAAGAGGAAACAGCAAGCCGGCACAACCUGGGGAUGAAGAGAAUGCGCUUCCAGUGUCAAAGACUUAGACAAAAUGCCUGCCAUGAAAGAGACUGAAGAUACAAGUUUGUUUAGCAUUGCCAAGACCUUAAAUAAGUAUAUGCUGGAACAUAUUUAUAACAACAACAAAAAAAAAUCUACCUCAGUUGUCACAGACAUGUACACAAUUCACUGGCUCAGAAAUAUUCUUGCACGCAAUUUUUUUACAUGCAAACUAGUUUGAUUUUAAAUUUUUCUUCUUAAUCUGAAAGCCAUUUUGUAGGAAGGAAUGCUAUGAGCAAAUCUCAAUUUGUAAAUUUCUGCAUUUACCUGUACUUGGGUGCUAUUUCAACAAAAUCUUUGAGUUUUGUUUCAGUGACUGCCUGUAGUUUCUUGAGGCACAAUUCCCUGUAAAGAUGAUGAGGCUUGAUUCACCAUUGCCCUGUGCCAUAUGCAAACCUAAAUAUCAGUGAGGAGAUGAAAGAUCCUAGUGGUCCAGAUUUAUUUCACACAUGCAUGUGCUCUUAGGUGAGUGAUAUAGAACGUAUGGGGCAAAGAGGAUAUUUACCCCCAGAUUGUUCCCUGUGUAAAUGUAAACUGAAAAAUUCAGGCCAUGUCCACGUGUGUACAUUGUGUAGGCAUUCUCUCUCUAUGUUUUUCUCGUCCUCAGCACUAUGGUGUUCUGAAGAAAUUGUCACAGUUGUUAUAAAUGAACCUUCAUAAUUUUGCAGCAGAUCAAGGAGAGUAGGAGAAUGACAGGGGAUUUUUUAAUAUUUGAAGAUUGUGUGUGUGUGUGUGUGUGUGUGUGUGUGUGUGUGUGUGAGUGAGUUAGUACCAACAAAUCUAUUUUUGUUAAGGUACAUUUUUCUUUUCAUAUCGCAUUCCCCUCUUCUCACCUCUUAUCUGUAACCACCUUGCUGCAGAGAAGUGGUGCUACUAUGUACAAACAUAGUAGGGAAGGGAAACAGAUAUGUGGAAGACUGACUUGUGUUUAAAUAAAGACAAAUGGCUACUG